CCGUGACAAUGUGAGAGCGUUCUUGAUAAGUGCAAGGAAGGGGCCACUACCAAAAGCCUGGGUCUUCUCAUCAACAGAACAUGCAUCUAGCACAGUAUAAAAUAAUUGAGCUGUUAUAGAGGAGACCUUGAACUGCCUAUCAGUGUGUUGUGGAAUUUGUGAUCUCUUCUACCAGAGCAGUUUUCAUGUGUACAGCAGUUUUCCAUACCCAUACAAAUGUAAGAUGGGUCCUUAAGCAAUGGUGAGUCUGCUCUUUUCCAGCCCCUGCUAGAUACAUAUGGUGAAAGACUUAACAGUGACAGUAACAGUUCUGCUGCAGGUCUCUGAUAUAAAGAGAACGCAGUGUUUUCUCAAGCCCCUGUGCAGGUAAGAAUGAAAAUUAUAGUCAUGCUCUGUUUUCAAGUGUUUUGAAUAAAAGCUAGUAAUGAUAUAUGGUCCUAAUGGAAAGGAUUUGCAUCAGUAAGCUUUGUUCUGCCACCUUCAAGACAAAGGAUUAGGAAAAAUUUCAGACAAUUAAUUUAAAUGUAGAAUAGAUUGUUAUGAUCUUUGACAGGAGUUGUACAUGUGGGCUUUUAGGGGUGAUGGGGGAGUUUAUAGGCCCUAAACAUCUUUAUCAGGACUGUGGAAGACUGGUUUGUUCAGCUAAUUUUCAGAGAUGGAUUUCCUCUACUUUGUUAAACUGUAUAGACAUCCAUCUUACUUAUGGAUUACCUCUGGCUUAGAAAAGCAAGUUGUAUGCUUCAAAACACUUAAACUGUACUAAACAUGGUAUUUUCCUGGUGUAGAUAGCAUUUCUGGGGUGGGUUUGUGCAUUUCUGGACACUGGAAUUGCUGACAGCAGAGGCAAAAAACAAGUAUUUCUGCUAUUAACAUUUUCAGAUUGUAGGUAUUCUGCUGCCACGAGAUAAGCCUUUGCUGUUCCUAGGGAUAGUUAAAUAAUCUCUGAAGCUCACUAACCAAGAGAGCAAGCGAGAAGGGCCAUACCAAGCCCUAAGGAGCCUAAAGCAUUAUAUUUCAUCUGGAGGUCCAGCCCCAGACAAAAGUCAUCAGAUGUUGGAUUGAGAGAGAAAAUUGCCAGCAAUUUGCCCCAGGUGCUUAAAACCAGAUAGAACAGCUUUGUGCAGGGGCAGGAGUCAGAGUAAGAAAUGCCCUGGCCUUGCAGCUGGGGGCCAAGAGGCCGUCACAGCUCCUGCAGCUUGGGGUUGCUAUGGGGACAGCUGGGCCUGUCUGAGCAGGGAACUGACACAUCAGUCACCUGCUCCCUCUGUGCCUUGACACAAUAUUUUUGUUGACUAUAGAAACCUGGGUAGAGGGGGGCAUUUUGGUGCCAGAACUGGGGAAGGAGAAGCUCAGCUCCUCUCUUGGACAAGGGACUGCUGUGGAGGCCAGCAGCUUUGGGUUGGUCAACCAGGCAAAAUGGAUGAAGUGUAUCAGAUCUCUUCUACUGAGAAGGUCCAACAGCUGGAACAAGAACUAGCAGCACAGCUGGCAGAGCUGAAGGCAGAAAUAGAAGACAAGAAGAUACUUCGGGGAACAACAAAUAGGGCAUACAGGUAACAAGAAUUUCCUGGGAAAUCAGGGAGAGUGAGAUUUAUAGCAAUGCAUUGGGUGUCUUUUUGGGUGUUUUUUUUUGGUCAUGAUACAAAAAUCAUGUCUAUAAAGUUGUCCGAUUUGGAAACCUGAAUAUAUACUUAGGAGCCAGGAAUAGUGGAUUUUUCAUUGCAUGUCUACCACAGAAUUAUGGAUGAAGUGGAAGAGAAUGUCAAAACAUAAACUAAAUGAAUUUCAGGUGUGUAUUACAAACAGAACUUUAAAUCUCCCUAGCAUGUCAAGUAUUUUCUUCUUACCAUGAACAGAAAGGAGCUUCAAACCUAAUGCUGUGGUGUCUAAACAGAAUGGCUACAUAUAGAAUCAUGGAAUGCUUCACGCUGGAAGGGACCUCAAAGAUCAUCUAGUUCCAACCCCCCUGUCAUGGGCAGGGACACCUUCCACUAGACCAGGUUGCUCAAAGCCCCAUCCAACCUGACCUUGAACACUUCCAGGGAUGGGGCAUCCACAGCUUCUCUGGGCAGCCUGUUCCAGUGCCUCACCACCCUAAUGGGGAAGAAUUCCAUAUAUCUAAUCUGAAUCUACCUUCUUUCAGUUUAAAGCCAUUACCUGUUGUCCUGUCACUACAUGCCCUUGUAAAAAGUCCCUCUCCAGCUUUCUUGUAGGCCUCCUUUAAGUACUGGAAGGCUACAAAAAGGUCUCCCUGGGCCCUUCUCUUCCCCAGGCUGAGAAACCCCAACUCUGUCAGCCCUGUCUUCAUAGGAGAGGUGCUCCAGCCCUCUGAUCAUCUUUGUGGCCCUAUUCUGGAUUCAGUCCAAGACAUUCAUGCUUCUCUUAUGUUGGGUGCCCCAGAGCUGAAUGCAGUACUCUGGGUGGGGUAUCUCAAGAGUGGAGUACAGGGGGAGAAUCACCUCCCUUGACCUGCUGGUCACGCUGCUUUUGAUGCAGCCCAGGAUGCAGUUGGCUUUCUGGGCCACAAGUGCACAGUGCUGGGUCAUGUUUGGCUUCUCAUCAACCAACACCCCCAAGUCCUUCUCCUCAGGGCUGUUCUCAAUCCAUUCUCUGCCCAGCCUGUAUUUGUGCUUGAGAUUGCCCCAACCCAUGUGAAGGACCUUCCACUUGGCCUUGUUGAACUUCAUGAGGUUAAGACAGCUGCUCUUACUUUCCUCAGCAAUGAUGAAAUGCACACUAUGACAAUAUAUCCAGGUUUGGCAUUAUGCUUCAAGGAAGCUGUAGACCACCUGGAUAAUAUCUGGAGAGAAACAGAGGUCAAGAACACUUGACUAGGACAAUUGAGGCAAAAAGGAAAGGAACUGGACUGUCUCCACUCCACUUUCUCUAGGCUAUAAUUCUUCAGACAGUUGGGAAAUUGCAAUAAAGAUGAAGGGAAUAAGCUUCUGUUUGCACUUACAAACAGGAUAGAAAAUAAUGAGCUAAAAUUCAAACCUUUCAACAAUUGUGUGAAUUAAACACUGAUAUCUGGACUAGGAGGUUGCUUGCUAUCCUUGAUUUGACUUCCUUAAGAAGAUACACAAAUGCCUUUAGGGAAUAGAUUUACUUUUCCCUGCCUUAGAGCAGUGGAAGUGGUAAAUGAUCACAAAACCCCUCCCAGUCAUACCUCUUUAGGGCUCUAAAGUAUUCCAGUAGAAUUUCUCAUGUAUCACUUUUGGACAAGACACUGGAGCACUUUUUUUUUUAUGGUUUGAUUUUCACCUAUGUUUUUAAUUCGCAUGCAUUCAUUUUAUUAAUUUAAAUAAAAUAUUUGUAAUAUAUGCUUGCUUUAAGUAUAUGAAUACAUGAUAAUUAAAAAAUAGCUCUUGUGCAGAGGUUUUCUCAGCCCCUCCUGUGAUACAGGCACAUUAAGAAGGAAGUUGUCUAAAUUGCAAAGGAUGCUUGUCAAGGAGUUCCACCGCAAAAUUGUUGGUUGAAAUAUGUGCCCAUAGAACUGACAGGCAUCCAGAUGGACUUUUUUAAGGGCUUUGACUAGAACAUCGAGGUAGAAGAAAAAACUUUUUACCAAAAAAGUAUGCUAAUGAAAUAAAUUCUGCUGCUUCAUAUAUUAAAGUUUUCAUCCCAUUAAAUAUUUCAUACCAUUUAUUCCAUUCAACUUGCUUACUGUUAACUUCACCAUCUGAGUUGUGUUGGGCCUGGCAAAUGUUUAGUUUAUAUGAGCUUAUAUGUAAUAUCCUUUUAAGCAUUUUUUUUCUGUAGUUCUGUUCGAAUUCCAAAGGAUCUGUCUUAUUUUAGAAAAGAAAGGGAGGUAAUACUGAAGAAAGACUUACAGGUAGGUAGCCAUAACAUACACUGGCUUAAAAAAAACCUCUUUGCUCUUUACCAAGUAGUAACUGAAAAUUAAAAUUGGAGGAAGUGAUACGUGUUUUGGAAUGAAGGACAGUCUGUAAAGACAGAGUGUGAAUGGUUAUAAUGUUGUUUGCACAGCAGUAAAACAGCAUAACCUUUCUUUUAUUUGAAUAACAAUGUGGACUUGGCUCUGCAGUGUUUGUGUAUGUGACAACUCCCAAUUAAAUUCAAAGCCUGCACAUUUUUCUGUAUUUUUUUUUUUUUUUAAUAGCCAGGAAAAUAGAUCUAUUCAACAUGUGGUCCGUUUGCAAGUGGCAGAAGCAAAACCUCUUGUUAUUCAGUCCGAUGUCAUGCAGAGGGAGUUAGAGAGCUGCUGGAGAAGGGAGCACACAGCAGCAAACUUGCCUCUGCUGCUGCGCCAGGCAGGGGAAGAUCAUGGAGCUCCUCUGGCCCAGCAGGCUGCACUGUGCACAUUUGGGAAGGAAAACAGUAUGAAACUCCUCCCUGAAAACAGACACGAAAAUGUUAGCGCUUGCAGUUUCCUGGUAUGAUGUGAAAAUGUGCUCAUUUUCAGUUUCAUUAAAGGACAGAAAUCUAAGCCAGGUCAGAUGGGCUGGGACAAGGUUCUCCUCAUUUCCAGAUGCUCUUGUGCUGUUCUAGUACACCUGUGUCAUGGGCUGUCUUCAUUUGGAUUUUUAAAGUGCAGUUCAAAUUUCUAAGUCCAGUGGACUGAAUUCUGACAUUUUCCUUGUAUUAACUGCUUUUUUUCAUUCUUGCAAUAAUACUUCCACUGGGACAACUUAGGGGAAGUACCCUUCAUGGGCAAAUACAACAGCACCGUGACUGAUUAGCUGUUGCUUUGGUGUUAUUCUCUGAUGCUAAUGAUGAUCUACAUAUUGCUUAAGUAUCCUAUAAUGUUAAGCUGUUGUUGUUUACAAAUGUUGGAUUUACUGGUUAUUUCUGAAUUUAUUCAAGUUUUUUACAGACAGGAUUGCCCAGCUAGUCAAGAGUAAAUAUUUGCACAUGCUUAGAUGGAAGAGGUUUUGUAUGCACAGCAGUGUCAUUGAACAGCUUUGUCCUCUCUAUCAGGUAGGAGCCAAAUCCUAGGAUCUAGCACAGUAGCUGGCCAUGAUAAACAUAGUGUUAGCAAUGUUUGGGGUUCUUUGGCAGCCAAAUAAAAAGCUAGUGUAACAGUAAGGGUCAUUUGUCUCUGGACAUUCACUCUCAGCUGUCUGCUUAUGGUCAGUAUAAGCUGCUCCGGGAGAUUCACUAUUUGGACUGAAAUUCCCUGAUCCUCUUUGGGUUGGAAGUACCAUUUGUAAGCAUUUAGGAAGGAAAUAAACCUUUGAGAUUACUCUCAAACUAGGAUUCCUCAUGCAGUAGGAAAUCAAUGGUCUUCUUGCUAAUAAGGGAACAAUAUGCAGAAUGCAAAAAUGGCAGUGUCUCUUUUAUAUAUUUAUAAACAGAAAAAAGUUAGUCACAUAAUAGAGGAAUACAACAAUGCAGUUCAGAGGGCUGCAAGACUUUCAGCAGCAGGGGAAAGUUUCCUGACAGGAAAUAAAGAUCCAGUGAACGUCGUGACACAGGAAGAUCUGAUGAUUUACACCCAGUGGCUGGUGUGUCACCUCUGCUCUCUGAAGGGCAUUCAUGGUUCUCCAGGUAAGACGAGCAUUUUUUGAAUAGCGAACUAUAAUUAUGAAACAAUCAAGUCUGGGAUAAGAAAGUAAACCAGGGAAGAUCAAAUCCAAUGUAAAAGAAAUCUAAAGGUUUGUAGCUAAUGAACUAGACUGCGUACAUAUGACUUUCAAUUCUUUUAGCAGAUUGAUUUUACUAGAAAUGAAAUACUACAAUGAUAAAGCUGAAUUUAGAUAAGUGGAAUAAUGAGCUCUCUGGGUGCAGUGUUGGGCUGCUUGAAUUUGAGGAGAUCCAGGAUGAGAAGGAGGAAUCUUGCAGAGACAUUUUUUCUGUAUUAUUACUGUGAUGAUGUUUUGAUAGAGCAGGACACUAGGGACUGAGUCAUCUCCAUGAAUAGUCCAUAGACUUGAGGAGUAUUUGUAUGUUUAAGUGUCACCUUUUGAAGACAAAUCUGAAUACUUCCUUAUUUUAUCUGGUUUCUUUAAUGAUUUUGUUAUAUGAAUGCUACAAGUCAUUGACAGUGCCCAAACUUCUGGAAUGAUACACAAGGGAUAAAUACAGUUUAUUUUUUCUCUUUUGUAUUUUAUUACAUUAUUUGCAACUGAAUAGUUUGUAUGCUUUCCAAGUGACUAACAACAGAUAUGUUUUUAUCUCCAUGUUCUCCAGCAUUUGCCUAUUUCCCACAGAAUAAAUGUGGCUGAUGAGAAAUGUUGUGAUGUGGUCCAAAACAACUGGGUCAAAUUAAGAAGUGCUUUUGACAAGAAUUCAGAUAUGUUUAAUAUUGAAGUUUUUCCCUGUUCAAGAGUAUUAAGAGGGAAUGGUGAGAAAUUAUCAGCUUUCUUUUAAAACCACAAGUCCUGCAAAUAAUGCAUUUGUUGAUGUAUAUUCUUUGAGAAAGGUCAACAGUGCAAAUGCUGCCAUCCUUGGUUUGUAUGCUUGAGAAAUUUAGAGUGUGGCUUUUAAAAUGAGCAAGAAUCUUGGAAAUCUGGUGUCCAAAUUCAGGAGUGUGGAGCCCUGAGUGUGCAGCGGUCACUCCUCUGGGCUUAGUUGUGCCCUGGCCUUGCAGAAACAGAUGGUUCAAAAGGAUACUUGUGGGAUCGACUUGGUGGAGAAUUUAGGAUGUUGAUCCAGUUAUGCCAAACCCUGAAACUCACCCUUCCAACUCUCUGAAAGAAUAUAAUUUAAAAUAUUUCUGUGUGUGGUCUGUUUCUAGAGAAACUAAGCAAAGAGAACUAUUAAGAUUUAUACUGAAGUAUCUCUAGAAAAAAAUCUCCUUGUAUUUAUUUUCAAGUUGUUUUUCCUUUUAAAGGAAGGGAGGGAGUGAUGUUGUUUAUGUAGAAUUACCCAGUAUGAGUGGUACUUAGCAAGCAAGGCAGCAUUCCUCUUGCAGAGUGCUUAAAUCCUGUGAUUUAACCCCUGCUUUUACAGACAGAGUGGGAAUGGCGUGAAACUGUAGGAGCUCCCAGGAUUGUCCCUGUAAAAGCACAACACCUCUCUCCUGGGGACUAGGCAGGGUGUUGUCUCCUUCUUGCCAUUGAAAAGUGGGCUGGCCAGGGUGGAGGAAUGAAAAGGGGCUGUGACUUGUCCUCCUUGUCUGCUUUCUCCACUGAAAAGCUCUACCACAAAGGAUGUACCUAUGGGUCUGCACAGGGAACCAAGGCACAGCCCUGGCCUGGUGUGGCACUGCCCAGCCAGUGACGAUUGAGAACAGUCCUAAGGAAAGUGCAGAUUUACCUGGGACAGAUAAGGGGCCUUUAAGGCUCAGUUACCCGUCUAACUAAGCUCUGACUGGUAUAACUGGCUGUGCUGGUGCAGUCCUUUUUCACUCUUUAGGCCCACAGAAGUCCCAUGGUGGAGAGAUAUGGCAGCACUGCCUUAGGAGUAUGGUGGUACGGGUUUUAAGGCACAGGGAGAGGAGGGUUAAACUACUCUCUCCAAAAAGAGCUCAUUGAACAGGCCACAUUUCUCUUAUAUAAGCAGGACAGGAGAGAGAGGGACGGUCUAUGAUUUUGGAUACAGUGGGCUAAUAAUGUACAGAGAAGGGUGCAAGACCUACAGUGUUAUAGAGGUUGCCUGAGCCAUUCAUUUUACCAUGGAGUGGACUCUUAUUGAUAUUAAAAAGCAACUCAGAAGUGCUCUAACUCACUUUCAUCUUCAAUAUCUAGUUAACUAAUGUUUGAGGAACAGUAUCAUAUUACCAUCAUAAGCUUCACUCAUCUGCUAUUUAGAUCUGAGCUUCAUAGAUGAAACAACAAAAUGAUUAAACAAGACAGUAAAAACAAAGCUGUAUUGAAGCAUGGAAUAGAAACGCAGAUGGCCUUUUAUUGCUGAAACAAUGAGAUAAUUAAUUAGAUUACAUGUAGUUCCACUAAAUCCUGAGAGUUUUGCUGGACUUAGGAAAAAUGUAACUUAACUAUUAGGAUCUUUGUGUGCAUCAGCAGUACCAAUACCGGGUAACACCAAUACUGGGUAAAGGAGAAUCAACUGACAUUUAUUUGGACUUUCAAAAAUUUUUGUAAAAAUACUAACAGAAAAAAGUGCUGCUGUUUGUUACGGCUUGGCCUAAGACAGAAACCACCCAACCAAACCCCUCAUGUUAAAUAUACCUGUCAGAGAGCUGGGGGAGAAAAAAGGAAGUUGACAACUUAUAGGAACUCGGUAGUUUUGGCUCUUCAGGGUUGCAGGAAUACUGAUAUCCUUCAAAGCUUUGAGCAAGCCUGAGAUGAGGAAAAGAAGGAGGAGAAAACAUUUCCAUUCUUCUAAAAAUGGAUGCUAUGUUGCUAACAGACUCUUCAACGUUGACACUAGGCCGAACUCAGCCAUCCCCAUUACACCCUUGUUUCAGAAGUUUGCAAUAGCAGCAUCAUGCCAGAAUCAGAUACCGGAGGAGUGAUAACCCCGAAAUAGUAACAUACUUGAAGUUCUUGUGGCAUGUGAAGAUUUGGGAGGUGUAUGUGUGAGAAGAAUGUUGUACACCCCUGGGCCAGGACUCUGUCCAGGCAGUAGGAUUUGUUAGCUGGUGUCCUUACCAUGCCAGAAGAUAAAGCUCUCCUCCAAGGACUGUAGACAUGCCCUGACCUGCAACAGCUGUUAGUAUUUCAGGGUCUGACAGAAAGCCCUUUCUUAAAAGAGAAAUUAAAAUAAUAAAAACCCAUACAAUGCGUGUUCCCUCCCCCCCGUCCUCGCAUUCCAUUCUCUGACAUACUUCCACUUCAGGACAAAAGAAAGGGGAAUUACAUCAUUAUGUGGAUGCAAAGCUAAGGGCACUGACAGCAUUGCUUACAGUCAUCUUACCAGUCAUGUUGCUUAAAGUGUUGAUGUUCUCCAGCUGCUCUGAUUAUGGCUGUUUUUUGCAGAAUCCUGCCACAAGGACAGUGGAUUCACUUUGCCCCAUCACAGCACUGCAACUUAGGAGCUGAAACCUCAGCUCCAGCUUCUGUUUUCUCACUUUGUUAUUAACUAUAACCUUAAGGAUCUUGAGAACUCAGGUGAUGAGAUGGAGCUCUUUUUCCUGGUAACUGUAAUGCACUUCUCAAUACUAAAAAAAAAAAGGUCCUUAAAAGUAUAAAAGUAUGGAAGGAAGUUCCAUUUAUUACAAAUCACUGUUUUACAUCAUAGAAAAACAAGAUUAUGGGCAUUUUUGCUCUUGACAGCAAGCAGCAGAAAGGCCCAGCUUGUUCCCCCUCCCUAUAGUAACUGCUGAUGUUUGUAUUUCCAGCAUCACAGUUCUGAGUCCGUGCCUUUGUUCUCCCAGCUCUCACUCGUGCUUUUUGUGUGCUUUUCUCGAGUGUUCCUGCCCAUUUGGUGACUCCCCGAGCUGUGGUGCUUCCACUAGAGGUCGGCCGUGACCCACCAUCACCCAGGACCUCACCAAACCUUGGCCACUUAGGGAUUACCCACAGGAAAACUCUGGUUUUUGUCUUUUCUGUCGUUCAAAAGGUCUCGGACAUAGAGAAGGUGAUGGAAUGUCUCCAGGAACAUGCAGCAGCAGUGUUCAGGCCACAUCCUGCAAAGUCAAGUUCUGCCACUUUUGCUCGUGCCUCAGGACAGCAGAGCUACGAUCAUUUCUGGGAGGAGAUCUAUGCCAGCACUGAACUCCACCAGGAAUAGAGAUUGAAGGACCUAGUUUUUCUAAAAUGUAAGACAUUUUAGAGUCAAUGAGGGCAGAAUGAGUAAGGAUGAUCAUACCUGGGAACAAGGUAAGGAUAAGAAAAUCAAAUAACAGAUAAUCUGUCAUUGCAAGGGUUAUGAUAGUUUAUCCAGAUUUGUUUGGCUUGAAGGAAUUUUUGGAGGCAAUAUCUUCAUGUCAACUUGGAAAUUCAUGGAACAGCCAACAUAGUCCUGCGUUAUCUGUGUCACUUCUGUGUACCUUUGUUAGGAUGUAUCAUGCUGAGCAGGAUAAAUUUGUCAAGUACCAAUUUGUAAAGAUACAUUAAUAGGAUUUUCUCUAAUCAGAAAAAAAAAAAAGCACCAAAAUCAAUACUAUAAAACCCUUCUCACAGUGAAAAGAAUUCCAACUUCUGCCAUCCAAGUUGAAAUGAAGUAGUAAAAUAAAUUGGGCUAGGGAAGUGGGUUAAGAGGACAAAUUUUUCUUAGAUACUUGAUUGUCUGAAGAAAUUAGUUAGAUAAUGCCUAGUAAAUCACUGUCCAAAAUCUACCACAAUUAAAAAAUACUGUGUGACUCAUAAUGAUCUUAUCAUUUACAUUGGUACUAAUGCCAAUUUAGUUUCACUGCUGUUGGUGGAUUAACUAGUGAUGCGUGUGAGAAGGCCUUGAUGGAGUUGGUAACAAGGUAGGUUUAGCUGUUGUCUUGCUUGCUGCUUUUCUGCUACUCUUUGUGCUACAUUGUUGAGCAUGCUGGGAAGGAGUGAAGGAAAAUAAAAACUACAACAAAACAACAACAACAACAAAAAUCAAGUUUUGAAUUUAAUUUUACAGAAUGCUAGCUAGAGCAUUUAAUAUAUGCUUGUGUGGGGUGUGUUGUGUAUACAUCACUGUCAAACUUUUCUACAGCCUAUUCUGAUGUUAUUUCUUUGUCCCCACACUAUGGUUUUGCCCCACUCUCAGCCUAUGAUCUGCUGGAGGCCAGAAAUCAGUUUUUCUUUUAUGGCAGGAGGAAAAGAUGGAGAAAGAGGUCAGACAUUUCAGUGGCCAUAGCUGGGUUCAGGUUUUCAUGAAACAGAUGUUCUGAAUUUCUUUGGAAAAGUUCCUCGAUCUGACCCUUGCCACAGUCUUGUCUUUGAAACGGGGAUAGCUCUUUCAUACAGCCCAGGGACUUUAAAAGGAUAAAACACUUGGGACUGGAAAGCAAUCAAAUAUUGUGAAGCUAUACAUUAUGAUAAUUUCACUGUUGGUUGGAUUAUGAUUUCCAGCCAGUAUGGCACUUCCUUUCCUUUUCCUUCUGUUAUGAUAAAGUCUAUGCAUAAAGCUGACAGGAAUCAUAUGCAUGCUUACCACACCAAUUUUUAACUAUGUGUGUUGAAACUAGGAACUAACUACCAAGGAUGAUUACACAGCUGUGGCUCACAGUGGGGAGGAUGUAGGAAAUAUGAGCUCUGGUAAGCCUCUGGCAUCCUUUAGAAAGAAGAAUGAAAGAGUGAAAAAAUGUUAUAUAUAUAUCUGUAUGUAUAUAUUUAUUAAAACACAAAAGAAGGAAAAUAAAUUAUAUCGACCCACUGUUUCUCUUACAGAAGCAAUAGUGCCAUCCUCUUCCAUAAUUCCAUACUGCAGGUUUCCAUGACAGGUGGUCCCGUAGGCAGCAGCGGCCUUCUCUGAGACAAUAGACAUAGCAAAACUGUCUAGAAACAUUUAGAAAUCUCCUUGAGUAGCAAAAAUGUAAUUAUUUUUUUCCUGUCUGGGAAAAAGUAUAGUUAUACAGGCACCUUGUGGCUGCUAGGAUUAGAAGAAGGCACAGCGACUGCUCCCAGGGAACAUGUGGUGAGGAGGAGGGCCUACUUGUCCCUUCUUUUCUUACAUCACCUGAGACUCUGGGAGCUACAGCAAGUGUGCCUGGGGAUCCUCAACUGCUCUCUCUGAAGCAGCCAGGAGAGAAGACUGACCACCAGUACCACUGGCCUCUCCUUCAAGGCUGGUCACCUAUUUGCAGUGCAGAAGACACCUCCUGUGUCAGUGCUGCCAAAGGAGACACUGAUGGUUUUGGUGGCAUGAGUUCACAGCUGUAUGUUCACUACACACCAGCUGACUACAAGUCCACAGUGCUCAAUUCAUAGAGUCUGCAGAGAUGGAAAACCAUGACAACUUUUACAGUAGUGAAGGUGGAUAUAUUCACACAUGGGUCCAGCGAGGAGUUUACAUAAUAUAUGAUGAGGCUUUAGAGGACCUGAAGGAGCUUGAGAACCAGCUGCUGCUUGUGGCCAACGAGUACAUUGAGAAAGACAAAAGCAAUGUAACUUGUGAGCAGCAAAAUCCUUGGCCGGGCACAUGCCUCUGUGGAUUGAUUUGCUGUGCUGCUUGACCUCUGGACCUGUGAAACUUCUCUCUUGGAAGAAAAAAUGCCAGCUUCUAGAUGUUAACUUUGAAGCUUACCAACAUGCUUUGGACCCAGAGGAAAGAUUUGCUUUGGCCCAAGCAAUAACUGACAUAAUGCACAAACAUCCAUGGUUUGAUCUCAUGCUUGAAUAUUUUGUCAACACCUACAAGGACAAAUGCAUCUAUUUGCAACUUCACUUCCAACUGCUGAGGGACAUAGUAAACCAACAAAAGCUGCAAAUUGGGAAGCAUAAUUAGCCAACCUUUGUAACUUGGCUUUUAGUCCAUGAACAGAAAUUUGGGGUUUUGGUACAAGACGCUACUGUUACACUGCUGUUGCCACUAAUUCUACUGUGUUGCUAGCAAUAAAAACAGACUGUUGUCAGCAUUUUUGGAGCUCAAAUUUUGUUUCAAGUUAUCUGCAGAGGUACCGGUAGAAGACCCUGUGCUGAUGCAAGAGGUUACUUUGUCUUCUGUUAGAGAAGGGAGCAGAUGAAGAAAAAAAGACAGGCAGAGAAAAACAACUCUUUAUCCUGGAUUCCUUCUCCACCCUCCUGGGUCUCCUCACUCUCCUCACGCUCCAUGAUCAGCUGCUGGAGGUGGGGGCAGAGAGUGUGCAGUUAACCAGGAACAGGGCUAAGAGGACUUACUCAUCUCAAGUGACAUACUUAGAAGUCCCUGAAAAAUAGCAGUAAAUUGCCAUUUUUCAGGAUGAGAAUUCAGUGGUAAGUUAUAACAUGCAUAUGUAAGACCAUUAAGCAUAACAUUAUCUUUAUUUAAGAGAAGAUGGUUAAGUCAGUCUAAAUACCAGUAUAAACCUAUUUAUUUUAUGUGACAUUUUGAGGUGUUUUUUUUACAUCUUCUUUUGGUGUGAUGAAGUUCACAGUUCACUGUUACAUGAAUUGUCAGAGACUCAGAUUCAGACUGAAUCAUCGGAAAGGUUAGUAAUGUUUUUUUCCUUCUAUGUAGAGUAAAAUGAAGUGAAUGCACCUACAUUUGUGGAUUUCUCUACCCUUAUACCUUGGCUUCUAUCAGACAUUUGGCAGGAAGUUGCUAGAAUUACUCCCAUUACUUGCCUGUUUCUCCAUUCCCAGGGUGGAAGGUCAUUCACAUCUACAAGUAUACGUUUAGAUUGUAUACACUGCUCCUUACAGCCCUUGUUUCUUCUCUUUGUUCCUCAGUGUUCCUCAGUUCCUUAGUAUUUUUCUUCUACUGUCUGAAGAAAAGGGACAUUCUUUGGGUAGAACAGUAGAGCUAGACAUUACAGUUUUAGUCUGAAUUUUGCUUCUUUCUGGUUUUGUUUGACACAUUCACUUUUUCAAUAGAUUUUUUAACUUUUUUUUUCUUCUUUUGCCAGUAUUAAUAAGCUGAUUUGUGUGCCAACAUCUGUUUUGUAUAGGCUAUUCAUAUGUCUAUACUAGUCAACUGAGAGAGCAGCAUUUAUAAUAAUUACACAAAACUCUUUGUUUUAAGAUCUUGGAGUUGAUUUUGGCUGUGCUCCAUGUGAUUAUUGAUUGAUGCUCAUCGUGUCUUUCAUAUAUUAUUUUGUCACCUCCCCUUUUGUUACCGUUACUUUACAGGCAGGGAAUGCUAACCUGAUUUUAAAGAAGUAAAUCUUCUAGGUCCUGUUUCUGUCUUUAUCACAUUCUCACAACAUAGCUUCUCUGUGACCUGAUUUCUUGACUGAUAAAACACCUGCCUUAGAUGUUAGGAAGAAGCAAGGGAGUAUCUUAUUCCUUUGCAGUCUGUAUCAAAAAGUCAAAGUCUUUCUUUUUACCAUCUUGUUAUGCUACAUGAGAUGAGCCACCACGGGCUGGAUCAGUUUUUCUGUGGUCUUUAAUCUGAAGGAGUGCAGGGAUGGAUCCACAGGGAGGGAGUACCAAAAGCAAGACAGUGCCCAACUUCUGACACUUGGUGCUUUGGAGAUUUCCUGAGCUAGUGGUUGCAUCUAGACCAUGUGUUUAAUGUCUGCUGAUAGGCUGCCCUCAUAAUUUGUUGUACUGGGGGGGGUUGUAUCAUACCGGGGGCUUCUAGAACAAAUGUUUCUUAAGUUAUGAAGUCACUGUUUUAGUGGUAAUAAUAUGUAUGAGCUUUGCUUGGCUAUUGAAGCUUGUUAGUUAGUCCUUUUCCCAGCUUCUUAAAUAAUAUUCUCCAUGUCUCUGCCAAACACAGUCCUUUAUUAAAAGGAAUAUUUAAUGUAUUUCCCUUGAUCUCCCCUUAUGACAUUGUAGACUCGCAGCUUACUGUCCUUUGCUUGUAAGUGUUGUCUGUGUCAAUCAACCAGGCAAUACUAAGCAAUCAUUAGCUAUCUGGGUGCACCACUUUUUUGCUUGACAGCCAUCAGACUCUUUUAGAGGCCAAGAAAUGUUUUAAGUUGAAUGCAUAUGUCUCAUUGCAAUGAACAUGAUGGAUGUCGGGUUCUACAUGUGUGUUGCUUACAUAAAGAAGAAAGUUAAUUUUUCAAAUGCGUCCAUGUGUUUUUGUUUCUAGGUUAUAUAAUGCUUUUGCAAUGGAAGCAGGUUUUGGUCAGUUCCAUUUGUACCUGAGACCCGUGAACUUUGAGUCUACAUCACACAAGGGGAAAGCAGACCACCUCCCACCACUAUUCAUUACAUCUGUCCUGGAGGAUGACAGCUGUGUUGACAGAUAUAUACCAUCUAGCUUACCAUUAAGCAUUCAAGAAAUUGACAGUCAUAUUGGAAAGUUUAGUUCCUGUACAAGAGAUGGUGUUAUGCAGCUUUUGUGUCCAUCUGGAAUAAGGAACAUGCAACUUAUCCUGGCCUGUUGGGUCAUUCAGAAAAAACGCUCUUUCGGCAGCUGUUCAGCAAGCCUCCUUUUGUGCCUGGGUCCAGCCUCCACAUGCCAUGGACAUAAAGGUUUACUCUGGACCAUUAGAAGGUAUUUGCUACAGACUGGCCAAGCCCUCUCCACUGGGUAGGGGUCAGUCUGGCACACAUGCGAUUCCUGAGCACUACCUGCUUUACAUUGAGCUGGGCCUUCACCAUGAAAAAACACAGUGAUGGGCUCUUGAUCAUGAGGGAUGAAGUUCUGAAACUCAAGAGAGACAUUAUUGUUGAAUAUUGCCAUAAGCUGAAUCGGCCUGUGUCCCAGCACGCCCUGAGAGGUCAACUCACUGGGUACUACGAUAGCCUCAGAAGCCUCUUAGAUGAUUUCCCUGUCAUUGGAGACAAGUGCUUCAUAAUAGGACUAUCUCAAGGAAAAAAAGAGGAGCAAAACUCAAAGAAAAACCUUGCAGCUGAUCCCAGGUUUGUAUUAUCUUUGCAAGCAUGUUCCUGGCAGCCAGAGUCCUCAGUCAGUGCAUAUUACUAAGUAAAUAUAAAUAUAUGUUUGUAAGGGGAAUGAUAGUUUGCAAGUGCCCUGAGCAGUGUGUUCUGCCAGUCUUCAAGCAAUUUUGAUGGAUGGAGAAUGUGCACAGUCAGAGUCUCCUGCAAAAGCUGGCCUACACAUAAGGAAAACUUCAGAAAUAUAUUUGCUUCUAAUCCUAAUGCUGCAUGUAAGGAGGAAAAAAAAAAAAGGAUAAUCUGGUUUUCAGGAUGUAAAUCCUUUGUGUUAAUGAUUAAGCAUAGGUAGUGAGGGUUGUUUUUCCCCUUAAAUUUCAUUUAUUUAGGUUUAUACGAAACUUGUUAGUAAGUCGCAGGCAUAUGACUUGUUGGAAGUUAGGAAAGGAGAGGAAGAGCACACAACAAGCUACGGUGUGACCCUGUAUCAUCUGCUCCUUUCAGAGGGACAUCUUUUGGGCAUGUCGCAAGGGUCUCCUUCCUCAAAACUUGUGGCUAGCAAGGCGAGCCCUUCUCCUGACUCUCUGUAAGUCUCUGGGUUCCCCAUGCUAGCACCAGCAGGCAGAUGGUGUGAGAUGUGAAAGCAGUCAGCCAGCACACUGGUUUUGCUCUUGAUCAUCUUAUUCCCCAGCAACAGAGAGACUUAGCAACAAAAACAGAGAGAAACCAUUCAUCUAAGGUUCAGGCAAAAGCUUUAGUUUCAAUAACAAAGGUUGAGAGUGUGGCUACAAGCCCAACACACUGUAAAACAGGGUUGAAAAAGAUACUAGAGAAGGUGAUUGUCACCCCUUCCCUGUUAUUUAACUGCAUGCCAGCUGCAGGCUUGUGGAGCUACACCAGUCUUGAGCUGGCUCUCAUCUGGCUGGUAGCUGCUGCUAAGUGACCCCAUCACAGGCUCAUCGUUCAAGCCACUUUUCUUCCUUUAUCUACCUAUUUUGAUUGGGUGUUGUCUAAGGCACUGUAUUUUGUACUGCUGUCUCAGGUGCCCUGAGAAGCUUUUAAGCUCUAUAAUAUUUUGCAUAUUAUCAUAAAAACUUGUACACAGGCCAUUCACAAAACAUAGCUUUAUCAGAAGCCUUCUCUGGAUACAGUGACAGAAGAGAUAAUAGUAAUCCUGGAGCAAAAUAUUUUAGUAGAUUCAUGUAUCAAGCUCAAGGUACCCUCUACCCCUGGUUCUUUCAGUCUAGGGGUUCAUGAGUCACACAGUGCCUAUCUUCUGCCCUGAACUUGUUUGGGAGUUAGGACCAGGAGUGGUUACUUGCCAUGGCAGCUGAUCUGGUUGCCACCCUAGUUUAUUAGCAAGGACUUUAUUUGCACAGAGAAGCUGAGUUCAGCUGCAGAACCUGUACUUCUGCAGUUCGUGCCAUGCACUGCCUGCUACUCUGGGUGUCACGGGGACGUUGAACAAAGAAUAAAGCCAUGGUGUGUUUCAGGAGUACACAUCUUGUGGCAGAGAAAGUCUUGCAGAGCAUUGACCCUGUUGGUAUAUUCAUCAUCCAGAUCAGCGAGUCCCAGCAUUGUGCACCAUAAUCAGAUAUUGGCUUGGGCCUCUUGGACCUGUGACUUUUCAACAGCAAGAAAAUAUUUCAAUACUCUCUAAUACUUUAGAGGGUUACACUGUUAUACUUCUUCAAAAAUAUUAAUAUAAGCAUAUUCACUUACAAGCUGAUACACGUUGUCCUUUUACACUUCAAAAUGAAACCAUGAAACAUCCUAGAGAAUAAGCAUAUGUAUGCCCUUUUGUUUGUGAAAUAGCCCUGGAUUCUCUGAUGUUGCCUUUUCUCCAGCAGCUCGUGUUCCAGUCACACUCAGUUUCACAUUGCUUGCUAUACCUUGCUGCUUUUCUGGGUUGGAUAUGCAAAGGAAGGCAGGACCAAAUCCUCUCCUGAUGGAGGGAGGCAGACGUGAAGGUGUCUGGGGAGCAGCGAGCCUGGGGACCACAGCAGCUCACCCUUCGCACCCACAUCGACCUGUCCCUGCCCUGCCGGCAACAAAACGGGUGUUCAGGCCAGAAAGGGAACUGGGGAAAAGGCUUUCAUUAAAAAUGGCUCCUGCCCUUUCAGUCCCCCUGCCCUUUUUUUGUCCCUGCUUUAUCAGUUAUUACCAGUUAAUAUUUCAUUUUUUGUUGCUUAACUGAAGCUGAGAAGCAUCUUGUAGAUGGCAACUGUCACGUAGUUAUGACGAAAGCAGAAAUUCAGCUUCCAUCUUGCCCGUAUUUAGAGGCUUAUAGGAGGGCGUUAAUUCAAUUGCUUUCUUAUCUUCUGAACUAAUCUCGUUGCCUGUAUUUGUGGCUGCCAGGCACUUGGGGAGUGAACAGGUCCUCCCUUCGCUGUCCCUCCCUCCCUCCCUCUGAGAAGGACCUGCAGCUGGGUGGAAGAAACAGUGUAUGUGGUGGAUGGUGCAGGGGGAAGGUGGCUGGGUACAGCGAGGGAAAUAUAGGGAGGAAAAAAGGCAUGGAGUGAAGAGGGGGAAAAAUAGAAAAAAUAACAUGGAAUAAAGAAGUAGAGAAGAGACUCUCGAGGAGGUGCAGAAGAAAUGAGAAUGGGAAUAGCUAUAAUCAAAAGCUUUCUGCAAAUAUAUACAUGUAUUUUCAUAAGCCCGUAAUUCAUUAAGGUCAAUGGAAAAUGUUUAGAUGCCUGUAUCUGACUAGGAUGCCUCGAUAAUCAAUAGGUGCUUCAAAGGGAUGACCCAUUUCAGACUCCUGCUUUGGGAUGAGGUAUGUCCUGGAAGUGCCCCUUUCUCUCUCCAGCAGCUCAAGGGAUGUGCUGAUAUUGUCAACAUCCACAUUUGGUCGGACGAAGCCCUGUCUUUCCUGAUUUUGCUGUCUUUAUAUUAUAUAGAGUCCAGCUGCAGCAGGAUGAAGGGAAGGCUCUGCAUACGUGAGCCCACCCUUGCUGGCUCACCUGAGCCUUGGCAGUAGCCCUUAGAAAAAGGCAGAAGCACUUGGGUGCAGCAGAAAUGUUAUCUCACAGAAGACAGCAAAAAAUCCCCCCAGCAACUGCCAUCUUAGAAGUAAGUGUUAGAAGCAGGAAGAAAGAAGAAAAUGUAUGGCUGUGGUUUCUGUGCAGUGGUGCCGCCCUGUUCUUCCCUUCCCCCAGCCUUCUUCUUUAUUCCCAGAUUUGGCACAAGAAACAAAGUCAUAGCUUUUAGCCGUACCAUGUUUUAAAUUUACUAGUCACUCUGUGAGCAUGACAUAGCAUCUCUGGGAUGCUUGGGGGGUUUAAGGUUUUAUUUGGGAUUAGGCUGUGUUUCAGCUGUGCCUUGGGAGGUGGUGCUGUGAAUGGUUCAUGUGUUGCUGGGGUGGGCAGCACCUGUGCUUAUCUGGAUGCAAUGGACUUUCCUUAUUUUCUCGCUGAAGAAGUCUGGUCCCACAUCACAGCAGGGUGACAUUGUGUUGGGACUCCUGUGCAAACACAACUACGGAGGAGCCACUCUGAACGUCCUGUGGUGAGGUGGGGAAGUUCAGCAUCUGUGACAGGCUGACCACAGGGCCUGAUUGCUGAAAUCUGUGAAGACGAAGCACAUCUGGAUAGUGUGUGCACUUCUGCCUUUGGAGGAAACCCUGGUCACCCUGUUUGCUCUCUCCCUGCUGGUAUCACUUAUGGGCUGUGACGUACAGCAGGGGGAAUGGAGAGUGCAAAUACUAAUCUCACCCUGAAAAGCGUCACUUCUCUGAUUUCCUGAGGUACAAUUUGUGCUUAUCAUUCCUGUGCAAAAGUCAGUAGGGCACAGCUGGUUAAACAAACCCUGCCCAAAUAUAAUUUCCAUGCUUACAACACAGAGUAUUUAACCUUUCAUUACUCCAUCCCACCCAAACCAAAGGUCUAUUUUUUGCAUUCAGCAUUGCCUUUUUAAAAAAAAAGAAAAAAAAUGACAAAAGGCAAAAAAAAAAGGUUAAAAACCAUGCAAAACUGACUUCAAAAAGAGCUGAACUUAACUUCCAAGCUGAAUCUACAUAUUUUAUUUCAGAAUGUAUUAGCUGCACAUUGUACUUCAUAUAUGUGAAGAUAAGAAAUGGCACAUUGUAUGUAAAACCAGGAAAAUACAUUAUUUUUGUAGUAAAUGUUGCAUUUUCAUAUCUCGUGGCAAAAAAAGCACAGGCUGCCUACUAGUAAUUGCAUAUCAUAUUUAAAAAUAACAAUACAGAUUUUUAAUGCCUGUCUGCUGCUUUGCCCUGCCUGUCUCCUGUUCUAGCCACAAAAAGCAUGUUCCCAGGGCAAAAGACCCUGAAUGGCCUCAGCACAGCAAUUCAUGCCCCUGCUUUAUAAAUCAGAUGUUUUAAGAACGUUUCUUUCCAUUUUCUCUCAAAUUCAGCAGGUGUUGAAGGUCAAACCUUUACCUCAUAUUCUAUACAUCAAAGCUAAAUCAUGUUAUGUCCAAAAUAGACUUGCUCCAAAUCUUAGAGGUGAAUCCGCUGUUCAAGUAGCAGUUUCAUGAAACUUUUAAAAAAUGUCUUUCUGGGAAGUGACAGGCAGGAAGAAGCCUCAAAAUAAUAAUAAUAAUAAAAAAGCCUCUGAACACCUCUCACUGUUUUGCUAUAAUUCAGAUCCUUCCAUCCUCGAUCACGCUCUUUGCUGUCUCCAAAUGGACUCACCUUCCUUAACGUGUGGUUCAACCCUUACCCCACUGAAGUGCUGAUCGUGUUCAAAAAGCUUGCAGAGAAGGUACUUGCUAACACUAAAAGAGAUUUUGUUCUGGGCGGUAGGCCAUGCACAUUUAAUGCACAUGUGCAUUAAAAUUUUGCUUGUUACUGGAGACACGGAAAUAAACAUGAGGGGUUUUAAUCUGGCUGCAGCUUUUAUGUGCCAGUGAUGAAGAGCAUUGACAAAGAGUGCCUGUCAGGAAGGAGAGAGCUUUGGUCCUCUUGGUUUAGCAGUAGAAACAACAGAAAAUAAAAGGAAGGAUCCUUUAGUUAAAUACCUAAAGAUCUUUAAAGAUCAAAUGUAAUUAAACCAAAUCCCAGCCAUGCUGUGUUGCCUUUUCCUACUUGUGAGAGUAUUCCCCAUCCUACCACCUUAUCAAAUCUUGUCCCUAUCCCUGCGUACACAGGCUUGGACCUUUAUGUCCUCUGACUUAUUUCUGCUGAACCCAGGAGGAGAGGGGACAGGAGGGAGGAGAACCCCGCGCUAGCCGUGACAGGGCGGGAGCUGGAGAAGGUGCAGUGCAGGGGCAAGGCGGUCUGGCUGUGUCUGUCUACUUGGAUAGAUAUAAACCAUGAAAAAGGCGGUCAUAACAGACACUGGGGAAGCAGUUUCUAAACCAGAAACUGCGACACCACAUGGGACAGUGACAGCUAGGAGUGGUAUCCCGAGCCCAAACAAAAUCCAGUGCCUGACAUUGCUCUGGGAGCCCCAGCCCUUUCCCAGAGAGGUCUAAUUUGGUGACCGAGAGUGGUCAUGGCCAGGGAAGCAAAAAUAUUUGCUACUUGGGAGUAUUUGCUUAGGGACGAUGAUCUGAAUGGGGUUUUCUGUGCACUUGUCUUACCUGAAGGCUGCUAUCAGAGCUCUCCACCUAAAUCUAGAAAUUGUUGCUGCAUUUCACGACGUGGCUUUUGCUCAGUUAGGAAAUUCCCCACAAACCAAUUAGAGAAUUCCCAAAACUGCUUUUGUGCCUUAAACCCAGAACCUCUGAUUCAAGACUGUGAGGGACUGACGGGAUUGGUAAGUAACAAAUACUGUGUGCUUAAGGUAGAUGGUUCCAUGUGCAAAAGAGUAUGAAAUGCUGAUGGUGAGAAAAGGAUAAAAGGAGCAUGAAGAUGAGAUCAGUGUCAACUGAAGAAUAAAGUCAAGAUGGAAUUCCAGUCUUAUUUUUCUUUUCUCUUGCUCUAUUUUACUGAAGGAAGUCUGUUGUUUCUUGGGUGCAUGCCUACAGCAUCACAGAUGCAGACAAUAGAAAACAUGGUCCAAAAAUUGCUCUUCUGCCUCUAGCAAGUGUCUGCUAAACCGUCUUGUCAGCCCAUGGUGUGUUUAUCUUUACCAGAAAAUUAAAAAAGGGACUGAACUUCAAGACAUACAGAAAACAUCUGACAGCCUGCAAAAUCCACUGGAUCCCGCAAAGUAGCCCAGCUGGUAGCUGUUCACAGAGAAGUGAUCUUUCUACAGUUUGAUGCAGCCAUCAGGCACUGGCUAUGAGAGACAUUCUCAUCCUCAGGGAAAGCUUCAGCCUACCAGAGUGUUACAGAUAGGAUAUACCACGUGCUGCCUCCAUUGAGUAACUCUGUGAUUCAGGGUGCAUUUACUUCACAGCUAAGGCUCCCUCAGCUUCUGGAUCCUCAAAGUUGCAGGCUGUGCCUGUGCAGCCUGGCUGACGCAGACCCAACAGUUACCCAUGGGCAGCUGCCGGCGAUGCAGUUUCUCAUGGAGGAUGUACUGCACAACAGCUACGGCUCUGCUGUGGAAGAUCACGCCGACUGUCCAGCCUUGUCAGCUAAAAGCAAGCAAGUACCUCUAACAGUGUGGGACCGUACAGCUUUUAUGUAGGACUCCUGUUAGUUUUUGCAACCAAAUCUCUGUGAACAUAAGUGGCCUAGAUCUGACACAGGCAGUGAUAACCUCACCUACUCCUGGCCAUCUGGUAAGAAGCAAAGGGAACAAUGUUGCUGUUAUAAAUCCUGAGUGCCCUUGAGAGGUGAGUGGUGCCCAACAAUAGGAUGAGGGGCAAUGGGCACAGACUGAAGCACAGGAGGUUCCAUCUGAAUAUGCGGAUAAACUUCUUUACUUGGAGGGUGCCAGAGCACUGGAACAGGCUGCCCAGAGAGGUUGUGGAGUCUCCUUCUUUGGAGACAUUCAAGACCCACCUGGACACAUUCCUGUGUGAUCUGCUCUAGGUGAACCUGCUUUAGCAGGUGAGUUGGACUAAAUGACCUCCAGAGGCCCCUUCCAACCCCAGCCAUUCUGUGAUCUGUGAUUCUGUGAGAGAAGCCCUAGUGACAGACACCCCUAGAGGGCCUGUUGGUAUCUCCAGACUUCUAGAGGAAAGAGAGUGUCCUGACUUCUCUCUAUGCCCCACCGAAGGUCCAGCUCUUUUUUUAUCAAGAGCUACUCAGUGCAAAUGGGAAAGAAACAGCCUGGCCACUGUCUAAACCCAAAUCUAGCCAAGGAGAGGCAAAGUACCUCCAGGCUGUACUUCCCCAAGUACUUGUGCUGUGGACGUGGAUAUGAGGGAUGGUUGCUGGUGGCACCUAGAGCCUGACAGAAACUACACAGAAAUUUGGUUCAAGGAAUGGGGAGGGAGUCAAACUGUUUGUGAUGCAAAACAGAUACACUGAUUGAUUUGUAAGGUAAAAUGAGUGGAAAGGACAAAUCUAGUUAUUUUAAGAUCUGCUUCCUUCAAAAUCUGGCCUAAGAGUUUGACUUCUGUAACAGUACUUUUAGUAGAGACCAAGUAGAGAGUGAUGCUUUUGAAGCGAUUCACUUGAGGAAAGCAGCAAUAAAACAAAGGAUUUAACUUCUGUGCAAUUUUAUCCCCAUCUCUGCUGUAUGUGAGUACUCAAUGCAAUCAAAAAGUGGCCUCUUUUUUACAGUACUGUGCUCUGACGUACACUGGCGUAAGGCCCCAUCGCAAGUUCUGAUUGUGCAAUAGCCUGUUGCAUGUCUUGUCUCACUGUAUAUUUCAUGAGAUGCUAUUAAGCAAAGAAAAUAAUGUGAAAAGCUUGUCGUAACUUUCUGAAGCCAUGAUCUUAAGGGUCUCUACCAACUAAAAUGAUUCUAUGAUUCCGUGAUUUCCCUGUGACUUUCAACAGAAUUUGGCAGAAAUGGUUGAUUCAAUGGUUGCAGAACAGCAAAAAGAUGUACAAACUUUUGCUCAGGCAUCAUGAUCUGGCCAUAUCACUUAACUUGCUGAGAUCUUUUCUGAUACUAUGGAAGCAACUAGAAAUAUUAAAGGCUGAAUGGGGCCGGCUCAAGCUGAGAACUGAGGAUAUCAAUACAGUUCCUCUCUACAAAGAGUUCUGUGAGCAACAGGGGUAAAUUACCUUGGAUACAAGAAUAGUCCAGAGUGACUGAAAAGAUGAAAAAUGAGAAAAUUCUCUGCUUUCUCCCUCUAUUUUGCUCCUUGUUAGAGAAGUUUGUCUAUUCCUAACAUCCUGCCCCCUCUUGCACUGCCUUUUUUUUUUUUAAUUUCCACCUUUCUUUACUUUUGCUUAUAAUUAACCCAGUACUUCCACUUUUCUCUAAGGGCUUGAGAGCUACCUUUUGUUUCUUUGUUUCAUUACAGUUGUUUUUCCCCUCUUUCAAUGUCUAUUCAGCCUGUUUACUGAUGAUGUUUUCCAAGUGCAUUCUUCUCAGUCGUGUGACCUGCCUCUGUAUUUGAGGCUCCAUAAACAAUGUUAAUACAGUACUUGAAUAAAUGGAAUUUUUGGAAGCCUGUUAGAUGAAUUGUAGCAGAAUUCUUCCUAACCCUCCUACUUGGCUCAACUUUGAGCAGUCAGGAAUAGAAAACUGGAAGAUUUCCAUCAGAGAGGGCCUUCUGAAAGCAGAAAGUGGAACAUCACUUUUUAAAAAGCUUUGUCCCCAGAAACCACAAGAAAGGAAGUAAAAGAGCAAGACAACACAGUAAGGGUGAAAUCUGUGCAUAACGGCACUGGAAAAGUCAUGCAAGAUUGCAGGGAGGAAGCAAUGCUUAGUGGGCCUGUUCCUACAAGUCCGAGGCAUUUCAGAUUGACAAAUCUGAAUCUGUCACAGCAAAUUUGUGUGGGUGUGAAGAGCUGGUAGCAGACCCAAUGUUACCUCCCAUGCAUUAACACCAGACUGGAGGGGGCACGGUCCAAUGCUGGGGGCCCACAGACUUUGCCUCUAACUAAUUUAUAAACUCUGCCUAGGGAGCAGCUCCAGGACAGCUCAGGACUGGGUUGCAGGAGGGCUGGGAGUCAGGUGUACAAGUGCUCCAUGCAGAGCAAGCAAUGGAUUGUGCUUCUACCACGGGCAGCUGCAGGAGAUCCUGACCUCAGCAUCUCCCAGCCCUUUUGCACCCAGAGCUCCCUUGUGGUGAUGCCUGAGAUCAGGCUCAGCAGUUAUUGCCUCCGGGAGGAGAAGUGAGCUCCCUGCCCUGGCUUUGCUUACACCGAGACUUUGAGCAGGAGGAGAUUGUGUAGCAGCACCUGUAACAGCUCUUUCAUAGCAGGAGAUCUGCCUGAGGUAAGGAUGGGACUGUUUUAGAGCACCUGCAGCUUACUGUACCCCAAAAUCCCACUGUGUUUCCCUCCUCCAGGUCUCCACCCUUCUCCUUCCACAGAUGAGAGCUCCCCAAUUCCCUCUCCGAGCUCUGUGCUAACCUUUGUGUCAUGUCAUCAAGGGUUUAAAAGGCAGUGUGAUUAAAGCAAUAACAUGUAACGAGCUACAUAUGCCUUGCUAAUGAGUCCUCUGCUUCUAAGAGCAAAGCUCCUUGGCACUUAGCACUCAGAGGCACUUUGCAAACCCAUGAUCAGAUACUAAGGAGAGCAAUGGGAGGAGGUGGAGGGAGUUUCUUGAUCUAUUUGGAUGACAGUGACAGACAAGUUCUCACUGGUUACCAGUUUUCCGUACUUUAUCUGGUUGUUCCUUUCCCUCAGUUUUAGUUUCAUAUUAUUACAAACUUGGAGAAAUUACUGACCUUUGCAAUAAGGCAGGACCAGUGAAGAAUAGACUGUCCUGUCCUGCUUAUAGGUAGAGUGGUGCUAACGCUGUGCACUGAGACUUAGUCACACUCUGCAUGGGUUAGGAACAGGGGCAUGGGAAGAAAUAAUAAAGUUAAGGUCCAAGGUCAGUAAAUGCAAACACAGUAAUUUUGAGAGAGAAUGUGUGAAAUACCCAUGUCUUGGUGAUUCUAGUAUGGAUAUCCUGUACCUGGCCAUGCAAGCCAUAGUCAGACAAAAGGGCACAGAGGAGCAGUUUGGAGAGCCUAUUUCGAGCACUCAGCAGAUACUUCCCCCCAGAGGAGUGUCAGAAACCAAAAUGAAAGUGUACCAGUGCUCUGGAAACACAGGAUAACGCAAGAAAAUUCCUCAGUCCUACGACCACAGGUAGUUGAAACAUUUGUUCAAAGGCUGAUGGAAAACUACCAAGAAUCAGAUACAGAGGUUACUUUAAAAGAAAAGCCAUUUACAACAGUGUCUCACCGUACUGGGCUGUGACAUCAUGGCCAGAGAGCACAGCAACUUUGAGACCUUCUCCGUGUUGUGUGAAAAUGUUCUCCAGCAGCAGCAUAGUCUGCUUUACCAAAAAGAACAAGAGCUGCAGUGGAGGAAGGUGACAACCAAAGCGAUAUGGCUGUGACACAGGCUGGUGGUGAUGGUCUGCCGGUGGUGUUUAGUGGUCUCCUUUGGGACAGAGUCCCGCUAUGCAGACACAUGAUUGUGGGGCUGCGCCAUGGGAUGAUUAUGGAAAUAACUGCUCCCAGAGCCCAGCUCGCUGACUUAGAGGAAGAAAAUCUUUCUCUCAAAGAGAAGAUGAGAAAAGAAGUACAGGAUGAAUACGAAUCAUUAGUGCAGGACCUAUUUGUGACUUGUGUCCAUCUAAAAGGAAAUUUGGAUGUCUAUCGCCUUAGCAUUGAGCAACGACUGUUUGAAAUCAUCAGCAAAGUGAGAAGAGAAGGAGUUGGCGAUAUGAUUGAUCUGAAGAAAAAGUUUGGCUUCACUAAAAAUAAUGGUGACUUGAAAGAACAUUUGUCUAAAAUUGUGAUGCUGGUGUUUACAAGUAGCAGACUCCAUUCCACAACCCUUGACUGUACAGGAGGGUUUGACCUGAAGUGGAUGGCUCGUAAUACCGUUGCAUUCAAUUGUAGUACGGAUUCUAAAAUAUAGCCAUACCUGCUGGAUGCCUCUACAAACCACCUAUAAACAGGAUUGUUCGAAAAAGCUGUGCCUGUGUUCUCCCUCUUUCCUUGUUUAUAUGUUACUUUAAAACAAGUUCCGCAUGCAGACCAGAGCCUGGUUGUAGAAAUCAAAUUACACCAGACUAAGGAAACUGGAAGCAACUGCCAUGUUGUUUAUUUGCGAAUGAAUGAGUUCCACACAUGAAUGUAGUUUUGAGGCUUCUCCCUCUUAUAAGCCAUAAUGUAAAUACAGCAUUUUGUUCCCACUCCCCUUUACCCUCCACUUGUGCUCCCCAUUCCUGAAACCCAGAUUUUCUUUGGGGUUUAGACCUGACUGUGGUCCUUUCAUAAGAUCACAGGAUAAUUCAGCUUUGUUUACCAGCCUUUCAUUAUCUUCAUUACCAAGCCACGUGGGAUUGAGUCUCUCCUCAUUCAGCUCAGCUGGGCAUGACAUCUGAAGACUGGUCGUCAGGGUUUAAAAGGUGUGUAUGGGAAUUAGGGGAAAGUAACCUAAGUCUGAAACUUCCCUUACUGUGUGUCGUAGAAACAAACGCUGUUGGAAGUAAUAUAGUGGAAGGCACAAGAAGCCAAGAGAAGACAAUACUUUGUGCGAUGAAAGCUAAAAACAGAGAAGAUGCUUGAAGAAAUGGAAGAAAAAGAGCAGAGUGUGAAAUGCUUAACCAAGGAAACCGAAAAAUCUUCUAAAAUAUGCUGCCUUCAAGGAAAAAAAGGGGUCAAAAAAGAAAUGCAGCAGGUAAACUCAUAAUGCAGACUGCAAAAAUAGAAACAGUAGCAUUUCUAGAGAGGUGCAUGAAGUUCUAACGCUGUCUGACAACAUCUGAGUGUAAUCCCUUCAAGUGUCUGAACUUCACAGAGCUUCACUGUAGCCUUCCUAGUGCUCUGGGUGAAGCUCUUGCAGCAUGAGCCUUGGGCCUGUGCUGGGGGCUUAGGGUCAUCUUCCAUGUUUUGGUGGCAUCUUGUGUUUCUGAUGCUUUGCAGAGCCUUCCUGUUCAGCCUGCUUCAGUAUUUUUUUUUCUCUAGAAAGUAUUAUUCUCCUUAUUUUAGAGGUAAACUGCCUGGGAGUUUGUGUAAGGCACUAGUGCAGUGGGAAUGGGUGCAGUGCACCCAUGGGGGGAUCAGGGGUGCAGCAGCUAGACCAGCAGGUAGCUGGGCUUGGUGGCUUUGGCCAGCUGUGCAUCUCCCACUGGCACGUUCCCCAGUGGGAUGUUCCCCAGCGGUGUGCCCCAGGCCUCUUCCGUAACCACUGUCCUUGCCACCAGACUGAACAGGGAGCUUGGGAGCCUCAUUGGGGCUUUGCCUCCCUGCCAGGGCCACAUUCCCGGGUCUGUAGUGCCUGUUGCUUUCCUGGUUCUCCCUGUGAGAUUUCCCAGGCAAGGCUUGGACACCAGUGCUACAGAGCUGACAAACUGCUGGCCUUUUGUUUUAUCUACUCUGCAUUUGACAGAACCCACCCUCACCCUUACCUCUGUUUCACAUACGUUACACCAGUGUUUCCUAAAUUCUGGUCCACUAAGUGAAUGUAUUGGGAAGGGAACACCUUUAAUCCGGUCUGGCCACAGAAAUGGUGUUAGUUUUCACUAAACGGAUGCCAUCAUACUGAACUGAUGGACUAAACUGAUGAGUUUAUAUCUGUUACUGCAUUGCUAAGCAUUGAUUAGUGUAACUGAGUAACGGAAUCCACUUUUAAGAUUAUGUCCCUGUAAAAUUAAAAAGCGGAUUUGGCCAAGUAAAUACAAUCUCUGUGUUUAGCACAGCUGGCAGAAUGGGCUCCUGGCUGUGAAAUGUGCAGCUCUUCUUUUGUAGUGUAGCCUGCAGAACAAAAUAUUGUUUGGCAAUGCCUUGAUUAGACUUUAACUACGUCAAUCCAUCUACUAACUGCCAACUUUUCUGCCACUGAAGUCUCCUUACCCUUGCUUUCUUGGUCUAGAGAGAAAAAGGCCUGUAAAUGUAUCUGAAUGCCUCUCCUAUAAGCCAAAGUAUAUUCUGUCUUCAGUCUUCUAAAGCAUCAAGGUGAACGCAUAGGCUGUUUGUUUUCCAGAAUCAGGGUGGCAAAUGCCGUUCUGCUGGGAAUAAUUUCUCAGGCUGCUGGCAUGUUUUCUAACCAAAAUCAUGGGAGAGAUUUUCACACAGCCAAAGCAGUUGGUGCACAUGAGACCACUGAUGUAAUUGAUACCUGUCUUUGAUGAGGCUCCAAAGUGUUUACAAAAUAACCCUUUAAGAGACCAGGGGUGUCAACAGCUGGAUCAGCCUUUGAGGACAGCAAAAAGGAAAAUGGCAACUGCAGGGUACAGGCUUUUAUUGCCACACAACAGUCCCAGCUGCAGCUGGCGCCUACGUGGUCAUUAAUACCAACAAAUUCUAUAUUUAAACUUAGUUAACAAAUUAGAGUCUGUGGGAGAGACGAGGGAAGAGCUGCUGUUUUUUUUCCACAUUAUCUCUGCCCUGAAAAUGAAAGUAAGGUUUUGUCUAAUGAGGGUUACACGCAGAGAACAGUGAGGAAAAUCCUCUGUAUUGUUUUUAUCUUCCUCCAGCAAUGCCCAAAAUGCAGAUUCCUAUUAAACAAUAAGGAGAAUGUCAAUUUCCACUAUUUGUGCUGUAUUUUGCAUUCAGAGGGAUGAUGGAUAUGUUUAGCAAGGCUGUAAUUAUGGAUUAUUUAAACCACCAAGAAGUGAUGCCCUCUCAUUCACAAGAGCACACAGGGCAGCACCAUAUUUUCCUUUAAAUCUUGGCCCUUGCUUCGAGGCAGAGCUGUCAGAUGACAAAUUUUUGUUGCUGCCAUCAAUCUUUUUACCAGCUUUCGGAUAAGAAGCCAGUUAACCCAAGAGAACAGUUUAAAGCCAGAGGCCUUCCAGCAGGUUGAUGAACUGCAGUGUCAAGUUGAUGACCGGGAAGCCGCAGUUUCCCAGAGGAAUGUGACUGCAGGUAAAGGCAGGUUGUGUGUUGUGACCCGCUUUCUUGGGGAAAUGAGCUUAUGUGUCCACCUCUCUGAAUCCCUCCCUAAUCUCUGAAGCAGUAAGCAACUUACACCACAUAUGAAAGGGAAGAAAACCUCUGUAAUGAAAGCAUUUAGGUAGAGGAGAAAGACCUGACACAAUCUUCAGGAAAAGUAAGACAACUCGAGUGCUAUCUUCCAGCGUAGCUGCUUGAGCAGCACAAUGAAGACUGAUUCCCCAGUUAAUAACUUUAAACCAUAACUUAAGUUGCCUUUUGAUUUGUAGGGAUAUCAUGGGAAAUAACGAGGGGAUCUGCAUUUAGGAGAGAAGGCAAUUAGGAAACACAGGAUUCCAAGUGGUCGGACGUAAGGCUUCAUUAGUGGUUCUGGUCUUCAAACAGCUUAUUAACAAGUCGUGGGGAGCAGCCAAAAAAGACUGUACCCUUGUAAUUUGAUUAGAUACAUGCCUAUGAUUGUAGGUAUUUCUAGAGGAUCUCAAAACAGCACUCAGAGCUUUCUAGGUCUUAUUUGAAUUAACCCAAAAUUUACCAAAAAUCUUUCUUCUCAGCUGUUUCUCAGGUUACUUUUUAACGUCAUGCUUAUGUAAUUCAUGUAGCUUAAAAAGCUCGUUUAGGGAUUUCUACUGCUACUUGCCUGAAACUGCUGCUUUUCUCUGUGGUAUCAAAAUCCUACUGUCAGUCUGACAAACACAUGCAGAAAAAUUGAUGUGUGAUACCUAAAUUCCUAGUAAAUUAAGUAAACAGGAAAAUACUCCAAUGAUCUUUCAAGGUGCAUUUCUAUGCUAUGAAGAAUCUAAGGUACUACAAAUUUAGUUAUUGUUUUGUUCUGCAGGAAAACAUUAGUUAUUCCUGUCACAGGAAACUGAGAGAUGCUUGUUAGCACACUGAAGACUACACAUGAACCAAAUGUGGGGAAAUAAAGAACAGGGAGGUAUCUUUAAUGCACAAAUAUCCCUGGUUUCUCUGGCUUUAAACCAAGCGAGUUCAGGGGAAAAGUUGGCAUAAAACUUGUAAGUCACAUUGAUGCUACUGAACACAAGGAAAGCAGAUGUGACAGAAAGGAGAUAUGAAUGAUAUUUUUUUUCCUGCAGUGGGUUACCAUUAUUAAACACGAUACAGAGCUGGAAAAAUUGGCAGAGAAGCUUGGAUUUCUCUACACUCAACACAGGAGCUCCAGCAAACUAUAAACACCUAGUCUGAAAUGUGUUAAAACUCUGCAAUGUACUGUAGCUAACUUUUAACUUGUGAUUUUUCUUUCCUAUGACUGUGAUAGUAGAUGGAUGUUGUGAGGUUUGGUGGCGUUUUGGUUUUUUUUCCUUUCAAAAAGGUGGAAAGAAGACUGUGGAGCUGUUGUCCCAUAGAACAAACAGUAUAAGAAGUCAUUUUCCAGGUAAUAAGUCAAUAUUAGAUAACUAUGAUUUUUUAUGCAUUAAUAUUAAUACUUCUCAUAGGCAAUCCAGACUUGCAUUAUGUAUUGAUUUGUGUUUUGUAUUAAUUUGGGUUGCACUCUGUCACUAAUCUCUCUUCAGACUUGUAGCGUUUGGCCAGACGUAUUUGUAUAGGGGUGGCAGCCAUUACUUGCAGUGGCCCUCUUUUGACUGUAAAGGCAAAAGUGUUUUGCAAACAGGUCAUGUCACCUCCAGGAAUUGCCUACAUAGACUUAAGACUUCAGCCAGUUUGCAAGAAUAAUCUUUAGGUUAGCAGUCUGAGCCCUGUCCUCUUGUUUUUUCUCUGUUCCUUCUCCUCCAUCUUCACAUCUUCCUCUUCUUGUGCGCUCUGGGCAGCCGCUCUCCCGCUGCUGCAGCAGGAAUCCAGAGUCCCUUGGACACGCACCCUGGAAUAACACCAGAACCAGCUAACCAACCUGCUCUGAAACACUUGGAUCACAUCUGAGGAGGAGCACUGUCUCGAUUAACAAGUGCAGGAUUACAACUACACGGCAAAAAUACCCUCACCUCUUCACCUAAAGCUAGUGGGAAAGGUUAGUAUCGGGUUUAGAAGUGGGCUAGCAACACCACAUUGUAGAGAGAGACAAAUCAGGGUUAAAUUACAUUACGGCUGAUAGCAACCAUAGCAUUUGAUUUGGUGGGGAUUUUUCUAGUGGUUUAAGGGCUGGCAUUAAGCAGCUGCAUCUCAGCUUUUCAGAAAUCUGCAAAGAGGAAGACUGGAAUUCACCAGGGAAUUUUGUGUCACCGGGAACAUAUCAUUAACACCCACCCACACCUUUUAAUCUUGGCUUUCAACAGGACUGGGAAAGGCAGAGUUGUGAGAAAAACAGUCACAUAUAAUGAAGUCGACUUGGGGCCGCAAGAAUUUUCAGCUUCACUGAGAUGUCUCCUGCUGGAGGAAUUAAUGCUGAUACAUUCAUUACUAUGAAUGAAAAGGGCAUGGAGUAAGCUGCAAAAAUUGCAGAUAGUUGCAAAUAGUUUUUUGCAAAUAGUUGCAACUAUCUGCAAAUAGUUUUUGUUCUACUUUGUGUCAAGAUCAUAAACGAACUGCUUUUUCUAGACUAAGCAAUCUGUUAUGCUAUUAGUACUAUGCUGAGUGUUCACAACUUGCUUUGAGUUGUGUGUGUGUGUUAUUUUUGUUGUCGUGUUGUUUGUUUUCUGUUUUGGUUUGUUUGUGGGUUUUUUGUGUUUUUUUUUAAUCUCUAACAUUCUGCUUAGAUGUCAGAAACAACAGCUUUUGCAUUUACUUGAGUUCUGCUGUAACUCUGUGUUGCUGAUAAUAUUCCGGGUUCUGCAGCUCAGGUCCAGAGUAACAAGCAUUCAGCAUCCACUCAGCGUGGAGAUUACCAGCAGCAUCCUUUGAAUUUUUACCCAAGCAGCAGCAAGGGAACAAGAGGAAACACUCGAAGACCAAAGACAGUAAGUAAUGGUGGCAUUGGUAAUACGCUGGUAUGGUUGCAAAAUGAACAACUUCUUCGCUAGUUUGCAAGCUGUGAUUUGUAUCUAUACCCAGGCAGGUUUCAUCUGGACAAUAAAUCAAAUACCUUUGAAGAUUCAUCUUCAAGAGCAAGGUGACCAGUAUGUAAGGCUAGCAAACAGGAAAAAACAAGAGUUCCAAUGUUCCAAAAACUGAUUAAGGAAAGGGGGCAGGAGGGAGGUAUUUAGUUAGCAAUGGUCCAGGAAAGAUGAUUUUUUUUCUUAGUACCAUGCCAUGGUUGGUGACUCUUUCUAUGUUACUUAUGCUUUCAGGUACCAAGCAGAUGGAAGGAGAGAAUGGCAGACAGGCUACCACCACACCUAAAUGAAGUCUCUUCUUACUGUCUUCAUGCAACUACAGAAACAAAGGCUGGUCUAGAAGUAAACCUAAAUGUAUUUUUUAAAUCAGUUCAGGGCAUUUUAUAAAAUGCCACUGAACUGGCACCCUUGAAAUAAGAGAACAAUUUCUAUACAAACCAAAUAGCAACAGUAAUACUUCAGUUCUGUGCACACGUACUUCAAAAUAUUCAGAUACAGUGUUCAGCUCCAGUUGGUUAGUCUGCUAAUCCAUUUUAAGUACUGGGUGAUGCAGAUCCUUGUUCUGAGCAAGAACAGCACUGUGUGUCCUCCCUUCACACACAAUACACUACAGAAAGGCAAAAAAGGCAAACCUAAAAGGCUUCCUUUUGUUGUGGUAACCUUGGAACAUGGUGGUGCAAAGCAGAGCUAAGUGCUUAGAGCAAAACCAUUUGAUCUGGUGUUUUCUUUUUUUAACUGCCUUUCUGUUGCAACCCCUGAGCACCACAUCCUGCCCAAUGCAGUGCUCUCACCCCCAGAUGUUGCUGCCUGAACCUUUCAUGCCUGUUUAAAGAUGACUCAUCAAAAGUGUACCUUCCCAAACCCAUUCUCUCCCCUCCCCCUACAAUGAAAAAAGGGCAGCUCCUUGCACAAUGCUACACUAACUAGAAGAAAACAAACUUAAACAUUUUUAUUAUCUGCAUUUCUCUUGCAUGGAAAAAAAAACCCUUGCUUUUAUAGCCUAGCCAAUAAAGGACUCAAAGUUGUUUUCCAGAGAUGUGUCAAAUUGUACUGCAGAAUACUAACCUAGUAUCACCCACAUGCCUGGAUGCUUAUGAACACAAAAAAUCAAAUACUUCAGCACUCUUUAUAAAUCAGAAUUAGGAUUAAAUUCAGGCAACCCUUAACAGCAUUGCAUUGGUUAAACACUGAGUAAAGGAACUAACUUCAUUUAGAAAUGCUGCAGCAUUUAGAGAUAGAAGAUUCCUAGAAUAAGGUUGACAUCCUUCACCAUUAUGGAAACAAGCUUUAUUUCAUUCAAGCUUGUUGCUGCAUCAAAACAAGCUACAAUAUCCUACAGAAUGGUGUGGAAUCAGUUAUCCAAUAACACAAGUUCUUUUUAAGGUAAGCCUUUAAUGAAUGAAAAGGUGACUGAUAAUUAUCCAAGGUCAGCUGCUAUUAGAGAAGCCAGCAAAUGUGAUUCUAGCACAUUUUAGGAAUCAGAUGCCAAUUUGGAAGUAGAACAAUAUCAUCAGUAUGAAGCACUUCUGUGCUAUUGCAGCAGUAAAAAGGAAAGGGUUGUGAGGCUCAUUAGAGCUUCUUGAUAAAAUGAAUUCAAGUAUUGCUCAACACAGCAAACUCAAAGAUCAUUUUUGCAUGAAUGCUAUACCUGCAAAGACUAUGUUCAAAGAACAGCAGUAACACAGGACUGGUCCUACAGGGAUAAACAUUUCUGCAUAGGCUUUCAGUACUGCAUUGUAACAAAAACUUCAUUCCAUCCUUCACUGUGUGUAGUAAAUGGAUGACUUUCUGAAAAGCAGAGCAAUUUAAAUCAGAUCAGGAAGCUCUAUGUUUCCUCCAUUUCCAUACGGCCUUUCCAGAAACACUACUAGAGUUUUCGCAGUUUCCCAUAAGAUGAGACUGAGUUUUGUCAAUACCACCUAGUGAUACAUCCACAACCCACAAAAAGCAUUAAGGUCAUGAUGUGGAACUACUGAGGUUACUUCACUCAGAGCUGGUUAUUGUUCUAGUCAGUCUGCAACUACAGAAUUACACACACUCUGUUCUUUUUGUCCAAGCAUCCUGACAGUUACUCCCUAGAUAAUAUCCUACUCUUUCUCAUACAAUCAGGGAAAAAAAAAAAAAUAAGGCUCAGAGCAGUAUCUUUUUCAUGAAGGUCAAAGAUCUUAGUAAGAAAUGAUACUACAAUCUAGGGGUUAUUAACAACCUCCCUGGAACCACAGACUGCAGUCCCCUCUACCUUCCAGGCUGACAUCCAGCAUGGAGCAUUAAGCCUUAGAGAUUGUUCCAAGUGAAACACUUAAUAAAUGCCUUGCUGUUCUUUGGCUUUAAGGAGAGAACAGGGUUAAACUAACAUGGACAACAUGACCUAAAUGAGGAUGCUUUUGGAGAGCUUCUAAAUCUGAGUCAGUACUUUUGCACAUAACAAAUGCAAAGCUAGUACUGUGUUUAAGAGAGUUAACUCUUCAAACCUUACACUGUAGGGAAAGAAGGAGAAUAAUCUCAGUUCCUAUGGAAAACAGCUCUUGUCAACAGAAAGUCAGCAGACAGUCCCCUCUAGGACUGCUUACAUUAAAUAAAGUUUACAAGUAAAAUUCCAUUCAACAGAUUUUAUUUAACAAUUUGGUUUUGUGAUUACAACUGUUUCAGUUUUCUUCCAAAGACAAAAUACAAACUUUUACAGCAACACUUGCAGAGAACAUUCAUAACAUAACAGCUUGAUAUUUGCACAAGUUGGCUUCAAGAAAGAGCCAGAUAACUUGAAGAGUCACUACAGUUCAGUGCCUAAAAUUGAUUUAGGGGCAAAUACAACUACAGAUCUAUGAGCUACCUUCCACUUCAAAACACAAGGCCAAUAAAAACUGCAAGUUGUUACUUCAGGUUUUUUGCCAGUACACAGCACAGAUCAGCUGAUACUUUCUGUAUUUUCUAUAGUGAGGCAGCCAAGCACAUGGUGAAGAUGUAUAACCCAGCCUCCCCUCCCCCAAAGAACUGAAAGGGAAACUAUGCAAGCCACAACUCUGUGAACUGUGGAUCAUACCUUGUUAGCAAGGCUAAUGAGCAAGCAGUGUGUAGUGCAGGCCUUCCAGAACGUGACUAAAUUAAUACAGUACCAGCUUGAGUUUUUCAGAUUGGCAUCUGUAUGUGUCAGAGAUCCUGGGUUUCCUAAAGUUUUGGAAAGUAGCAAUUGCUGGCACCAAGCAAAAUUUUGUAACUAAGGCAAGGUAUCCUUUCUACCCUUUCAAAAAGAAUUUGAGGCAAAAGAUUAAGCAACUUUAAGGCACUUUAAAAAAUAUUUUUAGUUUGCUUUACCAGCAUACUUAUCAGCAACCUAAAUCAGCAUCAGCAUCUCUCAUGAGUAAGCAUUUUAUCAACAUUUUACAGAGCAACAACUUCUUUGUUGCAACGUCUUCCAUGCUAUUAAGUGUUCUGUAGCACUUUUCUGCAAGUUUUCUGAAAGACAGCCCUUUGAGGCCAAAAAAAUUACAUACUAGGCAUACGGUUUGCUCUGCUGAGCUGAAGGAGAACUGUCAUACUUUAGAAGAAUAUUUAGCUUACUUCAAAGCACAGAAUACAAGCUCAUGGAUUUUUUUUUUUAAACAAAUAAAUGUAUUAAAAUAGUUCUGAGAUAGGGGAAAUACAGAUUAAGUGAUUUCACAAUAAGGCCAAGGAUAUACCAUCUAACCCACACACAUACUGUUGCUGGAAACUGGCUGCUCACUCUGCUGUUUUAAUAAACCUGAGCUGAUUGUCUUAAUUGUUUAGAAAACCAAAAACUAAUGAACUCAAAGAUACAGUACUGGUGAGUAACUUCUGUAUUUCAUAGCAAUUUGAGUUUUCUAUGCAGCACAACAGAAACAAUGCCAUUCAAACUAGAAGAACACAAGAAAACAAC